ACUUGCACUGCAUAUUCAUUCUUAGUAGUUCCAACAAACAAAUCAGUUUUCUAAGUUCAUAUUUCCCCAACAAUGAAGACAGACAGAGAAGAAGGAGAGAUUGAGACCACAAACAUGGCCAAUCUCCUGAUGCAACUCUCCAAAGUAAACCAAACGACACCGACACAUCGUUUGUUUACAUGCAAGACAUGCAACAGGCAAUUCCCGUCGUUUCAGGCACUGGGAGGACAUCGCGCGAGUCACAAGAAACCCAAACUCGAUCGUGAUGAAGCGCCGAGUUCACCUGCCAAGCCAAGGACGCACGAGUGCUCGAUAUGUGGCCUUGAAUUUCCGAUAGGACAAGCCUUGGGAGGACACAUGCGGAGACACAGAGGUAGCGCCGCCCCUGCCUUGAGUGAGCGUAGAUUUAUAACUAGACGUCCUCAAUUGGCGUCGAUGCCAGUACUUAUGAAGAGAUCGACGAGUAAAAGAGUGUUGUUGUCCUUGGAUUUGAAUUUGACUCCGUCGGAGAAUGAAGAUUUGAAGUUACAUAAGGAGGCUCUUCUGUAUCGCUUUAUCUAGUUGAUUCAUGAGACCAUCAUAUGUGCAAACUUCCUAGACUUAGCUUUUAGGUUAUUUAUUUAUCAUUAUAUUUAGGCGGACAAUUAUUAUUAUUUUUUUUGUAAAAAGAUAGUGCAUUAUUUGGUUGAUUUUAUUUAUUUAGAGUGACAGAUAUAUUGCUUA